AUGGCAGAUUUGUUUUAUGGAUCUGGGUUAGAUAACAAGAAAAACAAACAGCAUCGAGCAGAACUACAUGUGAUUACACAGAAUUUACAAGGCUUUAAAAAGGAGCGUCGAUCUGGGUGGCUGCGUGGUUGGAAACAACGUACAAGUCUACGACCAGCCGACGUAAUUUAUGUACAAGAUACUCACCUGAAGACAAGUGAGGAAAUUGAUGAGGUAGCAGAAAUGUGGAACAGGGUGUGGGGUAUUAAGGAGCCGAAACAACCCCUCAGUUACUGGUCGAAGAUGGAAGGAUCGUCAGGAUGCAUUGGUAUUCUUUUGCAGCCGAAUAUCGCAGCUCAAGUCAGCCCGUGGAGACCAAGUGAGUGGACGGGACGACGAAUUGGACUGCGCUUUCGAGAAUGGACGCUAGUAAACAUCUACGCGCCAACAGACAGGAAGGCUCAACGCAGUUUUUAUAGCGAUCUGCAGAGUUGGAUUUCAAAAGUCAAGCUGCUUCUACUGGGGGGAGAUUUUAAUGCCGUUCUGCAGCCUUCUCUUGAUCGAAUAAUUAAUGGAUUACCAAGUGCGAAGUCCUGUGAAAGUGUUGAGCUUGACCGACUGGUAGAUCAGCUCGACCUCCUCGAUGCGGUACAGCUUACAACGCAUGCCAACGAAGAUAGCGUUCCCGACCCCUUGACGCAUUUAGUUUUUGGAGAAAGCAGUCUGCAAGCAGGCUGGAUCACUUCUAUCUGA